AACUCAACCGCCAUGAUUGUUGUGUUUCUGCACUAGGACUGUCCGCUUCGCUCUAAGGUUUUAGUAACUGGACACAAAAAAUAAAAAAAAUUAAAGAGGAGAUUUUUGUUUGGUUUGUCUUUGGAAAAAGAAAAAGAUACCUGAUUAUGGAGUCUCGAUUCGCUCACCUGCGGGAGCGGGACACCAGUGUGUCAAUGCUGAGGGUAAAAAUGUCUCGCAGAAGGUCUCAGUCCCAAAAGGAGAAUAGAGAACGUACCGUGAACACCCGCAGGCAGCUGGAUAAACUCCCAGAGCUGGAAAUGUCUUCCCUGGAUGCCUCCAUGGCAAUGGCCAACAUUUCAACCAUACAAGACAAGACGCAGAACAAUGCAAAACCUGCUAAAACAAAAGCAGUGGAAGAGAGGAUAAAACAGCUUGAGCGCUGGAAAGAGCGGAAGGCUCUUGAGAAGGAGAAAGAAAAGAGAGAAAGAGAUCGUAAAGGGGUGUUUAAGAUUGGCCUGUAUCAUCCACAGAACAUGAUUGCCUCACUGCCUGCUGUCCCAGAUGCCUCAACAAGAGUCAAAGAGAAAAAGGUGAACACAGCUCCAUCCCAAAGCGCCAGAGUGACUCGUUCAAUGAAACAGCAGCAGCAAGUGCAGAAGCCUCUGAAGAUGCAAGAUCCAAAUACUGGAGUGAAGAAGGUACAACCUGCUGUGGAAAGAUCAACCAGGACCCAAGUAGCUUCUGUGAAGCCUACAUCAACUAGAGCUAAGACCAAAGAGGUACCUGCCGUGCGAGCUUUGCCGACCAGAUCGGCCAAUAGACCUCCAGGUCCUGCAGUAAAAGACAAACCUAAGGACAAUACUGCAGAUAUAAGGACCACGAGGAGCCGAGCAAAUCUUAACCCUGUGGCUCCCCUGUCUGGUGGACAAAGGAACUGUAAAGCAGCCGCCAACAACACCGUCCAUCACUCUGUCCCAGAGAAACCUGAGCUGACGGAGCCUGAGAUGCAGGAGGUGGAGAAAAAACCUAGUCCUCCCAGCCCGACCCGCUGUUCUGAGGAGGAAGAGAUGGUGGUGGACCACGCUCCGGCCCAGUCUGUUCCUGCUGAGCCUGCCUCGUCUUCAUUUUCAUUUGCACCAGAAGGUUUUGUCUUCCAGGCUCCGAAUGGCUUGUCAUCCUUCAAGUUUGAGCCCCUCACUCCUCGUUCAGCAGAUGCCUUCCUUACACCAAGCUCCAGCUUCAACCUUCCACCAGCCCCCGUAUUUGGUGACGAGCAGAGCGAAUCAUCUCCACCUAAAUCUCCUCUUCGUAUAUCUCCCACCGUUGUCCCUCCAACUCCAGGUGAAGCAGUGGAAACCAAGCACGAUGUACCAUACUUCAGAUCGGAAAUUGCCAAUGAGACACACAGACUGACGACCUUGUGUCUCCACUGGGAGUCUAAAGUGGAGGAUGAGUCCAUCCCAGAAGAGAUGAGGGAUCGCAUGCGCACAGCUGUUGGCCAAGCAAGGCUGUUGAUGAAAGAGCGCUUCAACCAGUUCAGCGGUCUGGUGGACGACUGUGAGCUGGGCCGAGGGGACAAGAUCACCACCUGCACUGACCUGCAGGGGUUCUGGGACAUGGUUUAUUACCAGGUGGAGGAUGUAAACAAGAAGUUUGACGCUCUCAAAGAAGCAGAGGGCCGAAGCUGGGUGGAGGAGCACAAGCCCCCACCACGACAGAAGAAAGUAGUUAAGAAACCGUCGGCCGUACCUGCCAAGCCAGCAGGAACUAAUGCAGCAGCUAAGGCUCGUCUGGCUGCCGCCAAAGCAGCCAUGAAGGCCAAAAAGCAGGCAGCUGAGGCAGAGAAAGCAGUCUGUGCUGCUGACAGUGAGGGUGGCCUCGUCUUGAGCUCUCAGCAGCCACAGCCACAAGCAGGGGCCCAAAAACAGGACACAGUGGUCUUUGAUGGAGGCUUCUUCCAGGUGGAGAGCCCAGCUAAACCAUCAGGUACAAUUAGGAGAUCCAGCCAUUUGAAUGCUGCUGCACUGCCCUGCUCAUAUCGCUCACCAAGAAGAGUCACCCGAUCAUCCCUUGCGUUGACCCAGUCUCCUGUUCAUGCCUGCGCUUCUCCUGUUCAUCCUGUCCACACACCCGCGCACCUCCGCCGUACCCUCAAGCAAACCCCAGAACCAAAGUCUCAGUGUGGCACUCCUCAGCCGACCCAGACCAGAAGUGACACCGCGAAGACCUCUGUGUGUUUCUCACCUGUCAGGGAAGUGAUUUCAGAUGAUGCCCAACCUGAUGGAUGUCCUGCGCAACAGUCAGAAAAAGUCUCAACCGAGGAGGAUAUUUCUUCUGUUCCUGAAUUCCUUCCAGCAAUUUUAGUCGAGGAGCAGGACGGGCCAGCCGAGGACAUAAAUGUUGACCGUACGGUCUCUCCAGCAGUUCCAGUCUCUCCAUGCAAAACGCCUCCUGCUGUCUCUCAGGCUCUUGAGCCCUCAUCAGGCCUGAGUUUCAUGCUGUCACCCUGUGCAACUCCCAACCCACCUUCUAUCUCCUCACCUGCUGUACAGGGCCCUGUGGAGACUCUGUGUCACACACCAGACGGCACAGUCACUGAGGAAAUUCAUGGGCUGGACUUUGAGAGAUACUUCCAGCCCUCAGACAGAUGCAGCCUGUCACCGAGGGAUGCAGCUGCCACAGAGAGACUGUCGCACAUGGCAGUGGAUGUAGAGAUGGAGAGCCCUAGAAGUCAACCUGUGGACCUUCUUACUCAGCCAGAGUCAGCAUGGCCAGCGGUGUCUUCAGUGUUAACUCCUCAAUCACCACAGAUACAGACAGUGGAGUCUGCCAUGCUUCUCUUCACCCCAGACCUGAAGGACAAGAUACGCCAGUCUGUCUGUCCGAGUGACCUCAUGGUCUUCACCCCAACUAACAUGUGAAGAAAGCAAAGUUUGUUUUGUUUUGUUUUGUUUUUUAUACUUGUUUUUAUUUACUUUUGUGACAUUGUGUUUUAAAAAAAGAUUGUGAUUUUUGACAUUUUUAGAUGACUAGAACAUACUUUUGUCUCACAGAAAGUUCUGAUUAAAGUUUUGGUUC